AUGAUCACCUUCAUCAACAUCUUCAUCUUCAUCACCACCUUCAUCAUCAUCUUCAUCAUCACUUUCAUCAUCACCUUCAUCAUCACCUUCAUCAUCACCUCCAUCAUCACCUUCAUCAUCACCUCCAUCAUCACCUUCAUCAUCACUUUCAUCAUCACCUUCAUCAUCAUCUUCAUUAUCACCUUCAUCAUCACCUGCUUCAUCAUCACCUUCAUCUUCACCUUCAUCAUCACCUUCAUUGUCACCUUCAUCUUCACCUUCAUCAUCAUCUUCAUCAUCACCUUCAUCUUCAUCAUCACUUUCAUCAUCACCUUCAUCAUCAUCUUCAUUAUCACCUUCAUCAUCACCUUCAUCUUCACCUUCAUCAUCACCUUCAUUGUCACCUUCAUCUUCACCUUCAUCAUCAUCUUCAUCAUCACCUUCAUCAUCAUCUUCAUCAUCACUUUCAUCAUCAUAUUGAUCAUCACCUUCAUCUUCAUCAUCACCUUCAUCAUCACCUUCAUCAUCAUCUUCAUCAUCACCUUCAUCAUCACCUUCAUCAUCACCUGCUUCAUCAUCACCUUCAUCUUCACCUUCAUCAUCAUCAUCACCUUCAUCAUCAUAUUCAUCAUCACCUUCAUCAUCACCUGCGUCAUCAUCACCUUCAUGAUCACCUUCAUCAACAUCUUCAUCUUCAUCACCACCUUCAUCAUCAUCUUCAUCUUCACCUUCAUCAUCACCUUCAUUGUCACCUUCAUCUUCACCUUCAUCAUCAUCUUCAUCAUCACCUUCAUCAUCAUAUUGAUCAUCACCUUCAUCAUCAUCUUCAUCAUCACCUUCAUCAUCACCUUCAUCAUCAUCUUCAUCAUCACCUUCAUCAUCACCUGCUUCAUCAUCACCUUCAUCUUCAUCAUCACCUUCAUCAUCAUAUUCAUCAUCACCUGCGUCAUCAUCAGCUUCAUGAUCACCUUCAUCAACAUCUUCAUCAUCACCUUCAUCAUCAUCUUCAUCAUCAUCUUCAUCAUCACCUUCAUCAUCACCUCCAUCAUCACCUUCAUCAUCACCUCCAUCAUCACCUUCACCAUCACCUUCAUCAUCAUCACCAUCAUCACCUUCAUCUUCACCUUCAUCAUCAUCUUCAUCAUCAUCUUCAUCAUCACUUUCAUCAUCAUAUUGAUCAUCACCUUCAUCAUCACCUGCGUCAUCAUCACCUUCAUGAUCACCUUCAUCAUCACCUUCAUCAUCAUCUUCAUCAUCAUCUUCAUCAUCACUUUCAUCAUCACCUUCAUCAUCACCUUCAUCAUCACCUCCAUCAUCGCCUUCAUCAUCACCUCCAUCAUCACCUUCAUCAUCACUUUCAUCAUCACCUUCAUCAUCAUCUUCAUUAUCACCUUCAUCAUCACCUGCUUCAUCAUCACCUUCAUCUUCACCUUCAUUGUCACCUUCAUCUUCACCUUCAUCAUCAUCUUCAUCAUCACCUUCAUCAUCAUCUUCAUCAUCAUAUUGAUCAUCACCUUCAUCAUCAUCAUCUUCAUCAUCACCUUCAUCAUCAUCUUCAUCAUCACCUUCAUCAUCACCUUCAUCAUCACCUGCUUCAUCUUCACCUUCAUCAUCAUCUUCAUCAUCACCUUCAUCAUCAUAAUCAUCAUCACCUCCAUCAUCACCUUCAUCAUCACCUCCAUCAUCACCUUCACCAUCACCUUCAUCAUCAUCACCUUCAUCAUCACCUGCUUCAUCAUCACCUUCAUCUUCACCUUCAUCAUCAUCUUCAUCAUCACCUUCAUCAUCACCUUCAUCAUCACCUGCGUCAUCAUCACCUUCAUGAUCACCUUCAUCAACAUCUUCAUCAUCACCUUCAUCAUCAUCUUCAUCACCACCUUCAUCAUCAUCUUCAUCAUCACUUUCAUCAUCACCUUCAUCAUCACCUUCAUCAUCACCUUCAUCAUCACCUCCAUCAUCACCUUCAUCAUCACCUUCAUCAUCAUCUUCAUCAUGAUAUUCAUCAUCACCUUCAUCAUGACCUCCAUCAUGAUCUCCAUCAUUGCCUGCUUCAUCAUCGCCUGCUUCAUCGUCACCUUCAUCAUCACUUCAGCUGCAGUUAUAAUCCAUCUCGACCAGAGGAUUAAAUGGACUCAAACGUGUGGUAUUCGCCCCAAACACUUUUACACUAAGAAGAAAAACCACCAACACACCUCUGUCACACAGCCUCCCACAUCCAAGAAGGAAGAGGGUCAAAACAGCAGAGAAUAG